AUGGAUAAAAAUCUGUGUGAAAGGUUCAAGAAUCUAUGGACGAAUUUUACAUAUGAAUCGAGCAAUGGAAACUAUAAAUUUACAAAUGAUAAAGAUUUCAAAGAUUAUUGUAAUAAUAAUUGUGAUGAUAAUCUCGGAAAAAUUAAUGCUGGGUGUUUAUAUUUGUUUGAUGGAUUUUUUGGGAAAUCUUCUAUGGUUGAGUCUGUCGAAAAAAGUAAGAUCACCAUUGUUGAAUACAUUAUGAUAUGGUUAAGUUAUAUGUUAAGCCUAAUCAGAAAUGAAGGAAACAACAUCAGCAACCUAAGUCAUUUUUAUACUGUAUAUAUAAAUGGUAGUGAACAUUAUAAAAAGUCUAUAAAUGGCACUAAAGAUAAUACCAGUUAUAUGGAUCUUUUAAAUAAAAAAAAAUAUUUUUUGGGUAUGGAUAAAAAUAUUAUAUCUGAUUUUUAUGAAGCAUUUAAAUUAUUAUGUGAAAUGUAUACUGGAUUUGAUGAAAACAAGCAAGAUUGCACAAAACAUUUGGAAAAUGCCCAAAAGUUUGUUAACAAAUGUAAAGAACUUAAUGAAAAGCCCAGUAUUUCUAAUAAUAGUUCCUAUAAGCAACUAUUGCUUAUAUUAUCAACUGAUUAUGAUAAUUUAAAAAAUAAAUGUAGCGAUAGUUCAUCUAUUCCAGAGAUAAAAACAAUAAUUUCUGCACUAACAUCUGUAGAUACAUCAAGUUCGUCGAUAGGAAAGAAAUCAUUUAUAGUUUUAUCGAUAUUUGGUGCAAUAGCAAUUUUUUUAGGAAUUUCUUAUAAGUAUUCGUUAUUUGGAUUUCGGAAACGAUUUCAAAAACAAAAAUUAAGAGAAAAAAUAAAAAAUAUAAAGAAGAAAAUGAAUCAUUAA